CCAACCGAUCCUUGCAACCGCCGCCGCAACGAAGCAACCACCAACGCAAUCCCCCCGAUUUUUGCCGUUGCGAGCUUUACCUUACUCUUUAGUACUCUGAUUUUGCCAAAUUCACAAACGCAAUGACGUCGAUAGGCACGGGCUACGACCUCGCCAACUCCAUCUUCUCUCCUGAUGGCCGCAACUUCCAAGUGGAGUACGCCGUGAAGGCGGUUGAGAACGGCGGCACCUCGAUCGGCAUCCGGUGCAAGGACGGUGUUGUGCUAGCCGUCGAGAAGAUCGUCACAUCCAAGCUGCUCAAACCCAAUGCCAACAAGCGCAUCGCCACCGUUGACAGGCAUCUGGGCGUCGUCUACUCCGGGAUGAUCCCCGACGGCCGACACUUCAUCGACCGGGCGCGUGAUGAAGCCCGCGCCUGGCGCGACACCUUCAAGACGCCCAUCUCCACCGCUGACCUGGCCUCGCGUAUGGGCGGCUACAUGCAGGCCUACACGCUCUACCAAUCCGUCCGCCCCUUCGGCAUAACCGCCAUCAUCGGCGGCUUCGACAGCACCGACGAGCCGCGCGUCGACGGCGAGGUCGGCACGGGCCCCUCGUGCGGCGCCGGCGGCAAGGUCGCCGGCAAGACCCACGGCGGGCCCUUUCUCUACAUGAUCGAGCCCUCGGGCCUGUACUGGGGCUACUACGGUGCGGCGACGGGCAAGGGGCGGCAAGCGGCCAAGGCGGAGCUGGAGAAACUCGACCUUGGCGGGCCCGGCGGGCCGUCGCUGACGCUCGAGGAAGCCGUCAAGGAGGCGGCGAGGAUCAUUUAUGUGGCGCACGACGAUAGUAAGGAUAAGGAGUUUGAGCUCGAGAUGACGUGGAUCAGCGGGCCCGAUGGGCCGACCAAAGGGUUGCACCAAGAGGUGCCCAAGGCGUUGAGGGAGGAGGCUGAGCGGUUGGCCAAGAAGGCUCAGGAAGAUGACGAGGAUGAUGAGGAGGAGGACGUGGAGGGGAAGGAGAAGAUGGAGGAGUGAAGGGGAGCAGAACUGGUUGGGAGGAUUGCAAAUGGCGGUUUGUACCAUACGGACACCAACCGCUGCGGCUGUGCCGGUGGGGAGAUAGACAUAUUCUCGUCUGGCACUGGGAUAUGAAGUCCCGGACGAAAUGUGAUAACUACACACUGACUGCUGAGUCGUUCCCUCGCAUGGAGCAGGUGCCGCGACUGAGCUUCAACCAAAUAUCCGUACAUGCAUCUGACCCGAUCAACCAGAACAUGGUUACACCCAAGGUAUUCUCCUGCUAUGUACAUAUGUCUAUUUCUCCGCCUGCGCCGCCGCCGCAAUACUAG